UCGUAACUCGUCUCUCUUUUCGGAGCCAAAUUCGACAGAAAAAUCUGCGUGUGGUUCCAACGGUGUGGAAAAUCGUGGCGAAGAAGAAAAGAUUCCUACUGAGGCGUAAACUAUUUUGCCUCAGUUUGGCAAAGUUAGUGGUUACUUAAUUGGUGUGCCACUAAUUGAUCCGGCUGAAAGGAUACUGGUAGCAACUGUGACGGAGGGCGGAAGUGAUCAAGGAACCACACUGGAAGGGCUGCAGUUAGUGCUCUAGGUGCAUGCGAAAAGGUGAAAUUUGCACCAUUGCUACGUGAUGAGCGGAAAAUCGUCGUCGUGGUGGAAAAGAGGUGUGGGCGAAAAAUGAAUUAGUGGCUGAAAAUUAGAUCAUUUUUUUGUCGUUGAUCACAGUGAAGAGCAGAAGGAAAAAUAAAACGAACCAAGUCAUAGUGGGUUAAAAAUAUUUUUCCUUUUUGAACUCCGUCCUCCGUCGCUGAAAACGACUAAAAGAAAGAAGAAAAUCGGGUGGCUCAGUCAGUGGAUAAUCAGUGAAGGAAAACCGAAAAGAGAGUGAGAAAUUGUGAGAUCGAGUGUGGGACGCAGGAGUAAAUAUUCUGCACUUGCGCAAGUCUCUGUGAGGUGCAGUUAGUAGUGCUGGUGAGUGAGUGGUUGGGCGAGUGAAAAACCACCCGCUAAUCGUGAAAACGUGUAAAAAUCGUACAAUCGUGCACUUCGAAAUUCGAUAUGUACGUCACCAGGUCGCUUCGUCGUCAGUGUCAUCGUCAUGAUGUAAGGCGAAUCGCCUCUACAAAGUAGAGACAUUCAGGCACGAACGCACGCACGCACGGUGUGCGAUGGUACGUAACGGCGGAUCCAGUAACAUACACAGGUGGCACAUCGUUUGCCUCUGUCCACGCUCUAGCGUUGUGUUAGUGAAAAGUUUGCUGCAACGCAUGAAGGUGUAAAUUGUGGAAGAAAUUCUCGGAAAGUCGAGUAAUUUUACACCACCCACCUGCGGUGAUUCUUUUGAGACCCGAUCGUUGAAACCGGGUGCAAUCGGCAAAAAAUUUUGCACCGAAAGUGUGGAUUUGAUGUGAAUAAUUAGGCGUUUCAGAAAUGGUUCAGGGUAAAUAUUCACUCAGUUCAACCAACUCGCAGCGUUCUUUUACGAGGAAAAAAUACUAAUUUGUUUACUUUUGAGUUCUCUCCGGCUUAACGUAUUGGUGUUGAAAAGUGAUUAUCUGUUCGUCAGUGCAUAUUUUAUUUUAUGAUUCUCUACUAGCUACUGAAAGUGAAAAAAAGAAUCACAUCUAAAAUUAUGCUCUGCAGUAGAAGGCGAUUUUUGUGUUGUUGAAAUAAUCCAAAUGAACGUAUAGUUUCAAGAAAAAAGUUGAAAAAGGAAGCAAUGUAAGUUCGGUAAUAACGAAAAGUACGCCGUAAAGCAGAACAACUGAAAGGAAAGUUAUUCCGGUACCCCACACAUGCCCUCCGGACCGGUGCAGGUGUGGUGCGUAUGAUGGAAAAUCGUAAUGGCCGCGAUCGAAACAACAACAACCUAGCAACUGUCCUACCAAACGGAACUAUUCUUCGUAAGUUGAAAGCGAAACAUAGCGGCGAGUGUCUACUGUGCUGGAAGGAAGCCCGCAGUCCCAAGUGCCUGUGUCCUAAGUGUUCCAAACAGUACUGCUUCCAAUGCAUACGCAAAUGGCUAACGGAUAAUAAAACUAAAUUCAGUGAGUGCCCAAAUUGUAAGUCUCGGUUGCCGAUCGAUGAUCUGGUUCGGUGUGCUGCCGGUCUGUUGGUUAACGGUAACAACCUGGACGCUGCUAUCCCGGAGAACUGCGAGAAGCUGUGUCGCACCAAUGGAUCCGAGUCCGGUUCGAUAAGACUUGUAGUGAAGGUAAUCGAAAAUGAUACCCUAGACGAUCGAUUGAUUAACGGGAAUGCCGCCAACAUCGACCAAAUGGUUAACGGUGCGGCACCGGGUAAAAUGUUCGCCAUCAAUGGGCGCCAAACAAAAAAGUCGAAAGAGCCAAAGGGAAAACAAAUCCAAACCUCAAGUCAGUCGAAAAACAAUGUGAAAAAUGAGGUAACGAAUUUAAGCAAUGGGAUUGCUAACAUUGGUGAACCGGUGGAACGUACAAUUUUUAACGGCCUCACCGAGAAUGGACAAAGUCAAAAAGAUACUAACCAACGAGCCAAAAAUGGAUAUAAGCCCGUUUUGGAGGCUCCAACAAAUGAAAAGAUCAUACCGGAAAGGGAAACUCAAAUCGAGAGCAAACUUGCGCCUGCACAUCGAACUCCUCUGCAACCGCUAUGCAACGAUCAGGACAGUUGUCAAACGUUCUGUCUGCUACACUCACUGCCACUGCUUCUGUUUUGCUUGUCCUGCAAUCGCUGCAUCUGCGAAACCUGCGCCUUCCGGGAUGAAUCACACUCCGCUCACAGUUUCCAGCAAAUUUCCACGAUUUACGAUGCCAAACUGGAGAGAAUCCGGCAGGAGCUUGCUGCAGUUACGGCGUACCUGGAGCGCAACGGAAGGGUGAUCCAGAGUGUCGAACGUAACAUCGACUGGGUAAAAGCAUCGAAAGCUCGUAAGCUGCAGGAGCUCAGCCGAUUGCUGCAUAUCGAGGCGGAAUGCAUCGAACGGCAAAUCAAUCGAAAGUUGACGCUUCUGCAGGAUCAGAAAGACGCGGUAGCUAACGAGAUUUUUCGGGUGACUUCGGCGUAUAACAAGCUAGAAGCUGAACUGAAAGCCUGUUCGAAGCCGGAACUGCUGGUAAAAAAUGGCGAAUUUCUUAGAAGGUGCAGCCUGCUGGUGGAAAUCACUGAAGGUCCUUUCGGUCACCAAGCUGUGCCGACUGAUUUGGAAUGCGACUUCAUUCCCGAGUUUCGAUCGGAAGUCUUCAUCGUUAAAGACUACCGGGCAAUCGAACCCAUCGAAGAAUGUCGAACAUCGGACGUUCUGUACGACGUGAUCGGUUUCGGUUGGCGGUUGCACGCCUGGAAAAGUGAUCAUCUGUCGGUUACGUUGAUGAUGACCGAAGGUGUCACUGGAAGAUACGAGUACUGCAUCGAGCUGCUCCACGAAACGGACCCCAGCAGAUCACUCAAGCUCACCCAGAUCGAUCAUUUUGAAUUGCACCAGACCGGACCGGUGCAUGAUCUGAUCGAAAACGAACGGCUAGUCAGCGAGGGCUUCCUAAGUGCGGCCAACGACACACUCAAGAUAAAGUUCUCCGUGCGGCCACCGACGAUAGUGAUGAAGAGUCGCUACCAGCAGGAGUACAUCGACCGGACACGAAAGGAUAAUGUCAACGAAUACGACAGCAACGUGAUCACGAUCUGCAACAUACGUGACCCGACGACGUCCAUCGUGCUCUCCAAGCAGUACACAGACACGGUGGGAUCUCGGUGGCGCUUGAAUGUGUACCCCAAGGGCAACAACACCAGCUACCGCUAUCUAAGCACAUAUGUCGAACUGUGUGACGGUAUCGCAGGAAGGUACCAGUACAUAGUGGAGCUACUAAACGAUGACCCCCAUCGGCAGGUGAAGUUCCAAUCGGAGGAUCACUUUCGAGUUGGUGAGAUCCGUGGCUAUCAAAAAUUUAUUCGGGUCAAACGGGUCCUGGAGGAAGGCUAUCUGAACGAGGAUGGUUCCAUCUACAUUCGGCUGUCGAUUAGACCGGCCACGUUGGCCUUGCGCUGCCAGUACCAGGAGGAAUACCAGACACUCAAGGAGGAAAAGAUACUGUUUCAAUUCAACAGCCAGUUGAGUCAGCAUCUGACGCGAAUUCGUAAUCUACGGGAGGAAAAUACCGCCCUCCAAACGAUAGCAUAUCCGGAGUAUAAUUCGAACAUCUUCGUAAUGCGAAAUUUUUCCAGUCUAAGGCAGAGUAAUGAGGAUAUUUGUUCGGACAACAGUUACGAUGAUCUUGGCUGUUGCUGGCGGCUGAUAGUGUAUGCUAAUGGGGAUAAGGAUGGACGGGACGAGUGGUUGAGUGUGUAUUUGCGUCUACUGGAAGGAAUUCCCGGAAGCUACGAUUAUUGCGUCGAGCUGCUGCACAAUGACGAAACUAAGACGGUUAAAAUGGAGGGAACGGAAACGUUCGAGAUACAGGAGCGUUUCGGUUGGGCCCGUUUCGCCCGACUGGAUAUGAUCUGUGCAAAUGGAUACGUCAACGAGGAACAUGAUGCACUGUACUUCCGCUUUUCACUCAGGCCACCAAAUUACAAGGCAAAGUGCGAAUACCAGCAGCUGGUGCGGUUGGACGUCAAGCGGGAGAACGAAUUGUUGAAACGAGAACUGAUACCGGAGUUCAACACCAUCACCUAUACGAUGAAGAACUUUUCCGAGCUACAGCAGAAGGAUGGUUUCGUUUAUUCUGAUCCACUCUGCGAUGAUUUGGGUUUCACGUGGCGUCUGCUGAUCUACUCCAACGGACACAACGAAGGCAGGGGAAACCAACUGAGCGUUUAUUUGAUACUGUUCGAGGGCGUCUCCGGAAGCCGCUUCGAGUACCGGGUGGAACUGGUGCACCAGAACCCGACGGCCAACAUCAAGAUGGAAGGUGUGAACGUGUUCAAACUGAAGAAAAUCUGGGGCUGGCCGCAGUACAUCCACCACGAGCGGCUCCGACAGGAGGGCUACCUGAGCGAGGACGAUUCGCUCGAGUUUCGACUGUCGAUUUGCCCCCCGGACAUCAAACUAAAGUGCGAAUAUCAGCAGGAGUUCAUUAAAAAGCUUAAGGAAAAUCAAAAGUAGGUUACGUGUGAGGUGGGUUUAUUGCGAUGUGGAACGAGAAAGAAAAUAAAUAAAUUUAGAGGAUGAUGAGUGCGAACGAGUGAAAAAGGAACGCUCAACGUGGGCAUGGUUUAGUGAAGAGUUUAAACAUGGGUAAAAACCAUGACGUGUGACGUGAAAAACAUGAACUGGUGACACGGGGAGUUGAGUAAAUUGCAAAAAAUAGAAUAAGUUUUGAUGGCAGGAAGCGCGGAAGGAAAAGAAAGGAACUAAAAUGGUAAAUGUGUGGAAACAUGCUUUCCUCGGUUGCGUGUCAGCUCAACCGGAGCGGUUGCUAGAACGCUUAUUAAUAGCGAGAAAACGAAGGAAAUUAAAAAACGUUAGUAACAGACAGGGUGGGGGUGGAUUGCCAUUCGUUUACAACGGAAGCGUGCAGAAUUCAGGGAUUUUGCGAGAUCUUAUUGACGUACGAAGCUGUUAUUUCCACCUUCGUUUACUUUCUCCGCGUCGAUUGCCAAGAAAAUGGGCCAUGUCUUCAUUUGUUCAUAUGCAGAUACACCUUUUAUUUUUGAAUUGAUCAGUUGAAUUGAUAAACUUUUACGUAAGCCGCUUACUGCCCGGGAAAAUGCGCUACGGAGAGAAUGUGACACCGCGAUGAAACAAAGUCAUGUGCCAUACCGGCUCGAGAGGAAAUGCUACAAGGACGGAAAAUGAAUAAUUUUAUACACUCCUGAAACUCUUCUGUUCAAUAUGAGCGCAAGCUACCACAAGUCGGAUGGCAGUAGUGUGAAUUUUUUUUUUUAUCAUCUUUUUUUUUUUAUCAUCUAUUUUUUUUUUUUUUUUUUGCUAAAUAAAUUCACGAGAGCCAGGCGAUAAUUCAUGAAACAUUUGUUGAUAGAUACAUAAUGCUCGAUUCUACAGCCACACGAUACAGCUAACACUCAUGUCAGAAUCAUCUGUUAGGUUCAAUUUACGUUUAAUUAUUGCGGUUUUAAUAGCAGAGAUGAGAACAAAACUCUAUUUGCGAACCAAUUGCUUCAAGCGAUGUAUUUUCUUUCGACGGUAGUUCGUCUUCUUAUACAAAAAAAAAAACGCAAAUCUUUAUGCUUACUUUUUUACUGUAGAUGAAGAGAAAAUGAUCCGCAAACAACUUGCGUGAAAUCCACAAAUAUGUUCAGGCAAACGGUUCUGCAAGUGUUUUAGUCCGAUUAUAUUUUUAUUGUAAUGCGAAUAAUUUUUUGAGAAGCGAAAGAAAUUCCUAUACGAAAAUAAAGAGUGAUUUUG